AUGAAUGAACAGAAGAGACUGCUUCAUUUUUUACAAGAUGACUAUGAGCGGCAAGUUUUGCCAAGCGAGACCAGGAUGGAUAUACAUGUAAGCUUUGUCAUAUCACAAAUUACUGAGCUUAAUGAGUGGCAACAGUCCAUGACCACAAAUGGAUGGUUUACCUUUAACUGGCUGGAUGAAUCAUUGAAGUGGAACAUUUCGGAUUAUGGAGGGAUAGACACGAUCUGUAUGUCAAGUGAACACAUAUGGAUGCCCGACAUAACGCUCCUAAACACAGCCGAAGAGCGCAAUCUUAUGAAAAAUCAGAAUUCACCUGUUUGUGUACAUCAUUCUGGAAUGGUAGAAUGGUACCACGGGGACAUCUAUCACAGUCAGUGUGACUUUGACAUCUCGCAUUUUCCUUUUGAUACUCAGACUUGCCAUCUGAAUCUAUCCACAUGGGUGACCCAAAAUUAUUCUGCUCGUUUCAUAUCUUCAAUUUAUAGAAGCAAUGAUGUAAGAACAAAUGUGAAUGGACUUUGGAAUAUCAAAACAUUGUCAUCUGCUGCCAUUGAAAAGACAUUUCCACAAUUCAUUAUAACCACAACACUUCAACGUCGGGCGUCAUAUUAUGUCCUCAAUCUCAUCGUCCCUGUCAUGUUUCUCUCCCUUCUCAGCUCAGUGGUCUUUGCUCUGCCUAUACAAUAUGGGGAUAAAGUGUCUCUGUCCAUGACGGUUCUCCUUUCAUUCAGUGUGUUUCUGACUCAGAUGAGCAACAACAUGCCCAGAACGUCCCUCCAAACAUCCUACCUUACCAUCUACAUGACCCUGCUCCUCACUCUCAGCUCCCUUGCUGUGGCAAUGUCAGUUCUCAUCCUCAGGAUCAAUCAGAGAAGAGGAGAUGUACCUGUGGUAUUGCAGAAAUAUGUCAUAUUUUGUGACUAUGCGGUUAACAAUCCGACUUUGAAUGCAGAGGAAUCGGAAGUACAGGACACCACAGUUGACAAUGAGGAAGAAAGGAAGCGUAACACAGUGGUCACCUGGAAAGACGUAUCUCUUGCACUUGACGAUCUGUGUCUGAAAUUAUUCUUUCUGCUGAAUGUUGCUUGUGGUAUUAGUUUCUUUGCUCUUGUCAUUUAA